AUGCAAGUGGUCUGGAGCCAUGUCGUGGCCGACGUCGUGCGAGAGCAUGCGGGCGCCGGCCUCACCAAGGUCGCGUAUGGCCAUGCAAAGGCGACGACAACGUGGGUUCCCUCGCACCGCGCGGCCAAGGUCCUCGACUCGUCGCCUCUCGCCGACGCGCCGGCCGUCAUCGUGCACACGACCGCCUCGCCCAUCGUCGGGCGCGUCCUGGCGGCGGCAGCGCCCAUUGCGGCGAGCGACAUUGCGUUCUCGGCACAGGCGUUUGCGUCCGUGCUCUCGGCAGCGCAUGUGCUCACGCACUGCCACGCCUGCUUCGCCACGCUCCGCGGCCGCGCCGUGCAGUGCGCGAGCUGCGAGCGGGCGCGCUACUGCGACCGGACUUGCAUGCAAGACCACUUGCUUCUGCACGACGCCCAGUGCGCAGCACUGCAGGCGCUGCCGGCAACCGACAACGAUCUCGUCCGGCUCGCGCUGAGCUGCGUCAUCAUGGAGCUCGCGACCAACAACGCGUCAAUGCUUUCGACGCUCGUCGUCCACGCUGUGCCCUCCAAGGAGCGCCAGCGCUACGAGCGGUACGCCAAGCUGCUACUGUCGCACUUGCCGCCGCUGGACCGUCCGCGCUGGCUGACACUUCAGCACGUGCUCGAUGUGCUUCUCGCCGUGCGCUUCAACGCCCACCCGAUUGUCGUCGAUCUUCAUAGCUCGGCAUUGGGUCUGGGGCUGUUCCCAGAUGCGGCCAAGAUGAUCAACCAUGCGUGUCGACCCACGACGUAUCCGCGCUUCAACAUGGCAACUCGAGCCCUUGAGUUCCGAGCGCUGCAGUCCAUGGCGCCAGGCGCGCUCCUCACGUAUUCGUACCUGGAUGUCUUUGGGUUUAGCCUUCUCGAGCCGCGACCUGCGCGCCAGCAGCUUUUGGCGACAACCUUUGGCUUUGACUGCGUCUGCGGCCGCUGCAUGAGCGACAACGACAUCGUCUCGAGUGACGGGUCCUUGACGCCAUGUGAUAAGCUCCUCGCCGAGCUCGACGAUGCCAUGGCACGCCAGGCCUGGACGACCGUGGUCGCCGUCGCGUCCCAGCUGCUGACCGAGUGGACCGAUCGAGGGCUGCCGGACGCGUAUCCGCUUGUGUACCUUCUCCAGACCAAGCUAGCAACCGCACACAUGCACUUGGGUGCAGCCAAAGAGGCUGCGAACGCGACCGCCGCUGCCGCGACCGCAGCGACGGCCUGCGGAUUUGAACCCGCACCGUAA